UUUUUCAGUUUUUUUUCUUUCUAGAACACAAGAGUCAGAGAAACACUUUGUUUUUCAAAGCUCUGAUAAGUUGUUUUUGGACCUCAUGAGUUGAACUGAAACUUUCCCAUUUUUCUUUAGUUUUAGCAAGUUUCAAACUGGCAACAAGUUUUCAAAAUCCAAGAAUAUUUCAAGAACAUGAUAUGCAUAUGAUAUGGAUAUCAAGCAAUGAAGCUUGUAGCCGAGCCUUCCCACGUGCAAGCCCUUUCUGAUCAUCAUUCUCGAUCACACAUACUGGUUGCCAUGAUUAUUGAUCUUCUUCAUUCUUGAAAAUUCAGGGCUUUGAUCCUCAGAUUUAGAGUCUAGAAGAAGGAACAAAGGGGUUUAUUGUUUUUGUUUCCCUUUUAUUUUCGAAUAAAUCUUUUUAUGAAAUGGAACCUCCGGCGAGGCAGCAAAUCUUCCGGCAGAAGAAGAUGACUAAACAAUUGACAGGAAAACGGGAUGACACGCCGUUACAUGCGGUGGUGAGAGAUGGAAAUUUGGAGUUAGUUAUGGAAAUGAUAGCUGAUAAUCUUGAGGAAGCUGCAGAUUUGACUCUGUUGUUGUCGAAACAGAACCAAUCAGGAGAAACUGCUUUGUAUGUUGCUUCAGAUUGUGGUCAUGUUUACAUAGUGAAGGAGCUGAUUAAGUACUAUGACACCGGUUUAGCUGGUCUUAAAGCAAGAAAUGGUUAUGAUGCUUUUCACAUAGCUGCCAAGCAAGGCGAUCUGGAAAUUGUGGAAGUUCUUAUGGAGGUCAAUCCUGAUCUUUCAUUGACCUUUGAUUCGUCAAAUACUACAGCUCUGCACUCGGCUGCAUCACAAGGGCAUGUUGAAGUAGUGAAUUUCCUGUUAGAGAAGUGUAGUGGCCUUGCUUUGAUAGCUAAAAGUAAUGGUAAAACUGCCUUACAUUCAGUGGCAAGGAAUGGGCAUUUAGAGAUUUUGAAAGCCCUUUUGAGUAAAGAACCUGGACUUGCGAAUAAGAUUGAUAAGAAAGGCCAGACGGCUCUCCAUAUGGCAGUUAAAGGGCAGAACGUGGAGCUUGUGGAGGAGCUGAUCAUGUCAGAUCCUAGUUUGAUGAACAUGGUUGAUAAUAAAGGCAACAGUGCUUUGCAUAUUGCUAGCCGUAAGGGUAGAGAUCAGAUUGUUAGGAAGCUGCUUGACCAAAAGGGAAUUGACAAAACAAUUGUUAACAAAUCCAGAGAAACUGCUUUUGAUACUGCUGAGAAAACUGGGCACUCAGAAAUCGCCUCCGUAUUACAAGAGCAUGGAGUCUUAUCUGCCAAAUCCAUGAAGCCAAGUACAACUAACACAGCCAACCGAGAACUAAAGCAAACUGUGAGCGACAUAAAGCAUGAGGUUCACAACCAGCUCGAGACCACACGGCUAACACGAAAACGUGUUCAAGGUAUAGCCAAGAGGCUCAACAAAGUGCACACGGAAGGUCUCAACAAUGCAAUUAACUCAACCACAGUUGUAGCAGUCCUUAUUGCCACUGUUGCGUUUGCUGCCAUCUUCCAACUCCCUGGCCAGUUUGCUGAUGACCCAGGUAAUCUCGCUCCUGGACAAUCUGCUGGAGAAGCAAAAAUCGCUACCAAACCUGAGUUCAUGAUUUUCAUCAUAUUUGAUUCAAUUGCUCUCUUUAUAUCAUUGGCUGUAGUGGUUGUUCAAACCUCUAUUGUAGUUAUAGAGAGAAAGGCAAAAAAACAACUAAUGUCAGUGAUCAACAAGCUAAUGUGGCUGGCCUGUGUGCUGAUUUCAGUUGCAUUUCUUGCACUGUCAUAUGUUGUUGUGGGAGAUCAUCAGAGGUGGCUGGCACUUAGUGUAACAGCCAUAGGAUCAGUGAUCAUGGUAGCAACAAUUGGGACGAUGAGUUAUUGGGUAAUUGCAGAGAGAAUUGAGACUUCCAGAUUACGGAGCAUACGGAGGUCAUCAACAAGCAGAUCGCGCUCAGAGACAUUGUCAUUCAUGGAAGAAUCAGAGAUUUUGGAAAAUGACUAUAAGAAACUCUAUGCAAUCUGAGAUUUUGUCCUCUCUUUUUUAGGUCUUACAAGUAGAUACUGUAUUUUCCUCCUUGUAUAUAUACUUUUUUUACUUGAUUUCAGCCUUUCUCGCUGUCCACUGAAUCAGGGAGCUGACAGAUCUUCUGGAGAUUUUGAAAGAAGAAGAGGGUGGUAACUUUUUCGUUUUGAAGUAUAGUUAAUAAGAAACCAGUUAGUUGGUGACUCGGCUCUGUUUUCGUAAA